ACAAAGCUCGCCCCCUUUCAGUCCCGUGAAAAGCCCUGGGCGCUCCCAUCCCCUCUGGACCUGGCCAUGGCACCUCCUUCGCCUUCGAGCGCGGCUCCCUGGAGGAACUUGUCUUCAGAGGAGCUGGAGAAGCAGUACUCACCCAGCAGAUGGGUCAUCCGCAUGAAACCAGAGGAAGUUGUCGGGAACUUCGUGCAGAUAGGAAGCCAGGGAGCUGGAGAGCCAGCUGGAAGGAGUACUAUGCUCUGGCUGCCCUUCCAGAGGACCAAUGUUUGUUCCUUGCACCCACGUGGCAGCCCACAAUUGUCUGUAGCUCCAGCUCCACAGAAUCUGACAGGACCUUCUGGUCUCCUCAGGCACCAGCCAGCCACCCAGAAGGCCCGGGCCACCAGGAGGAGCCAGCUGCAUGUCCCCUAUGGAGAUGGUGCAGGGGAGAAAAUGGAUAUCUACUUUCCCGAUGAGGAUGCCCAGGCUUUCCCGCUCUUCCUGUUCUUGCACGGAGGAUAUUGGCAGAGUGGAAGUAAAGAUGACUCGGCCUUCAUGGUAAACCCGCUGACGGCACAGGGGAUCGUGGUGGUGAUAGUGGCUUAUGACAUUGCACCCAAAGGCACACUAGACCAGAUGGUGGACCAGGUGACCCGCAGUGUUGUGUUUCUACAGAGGCGCUAUCCAAGCAAUGAGAGCUCACCUGGCUGCCUCGGUGCUCCUGGCCAGCUGGACCAAGCACGGUGUCACACCCAACCUCCAAGGUUUCUUAUCAUUUGUCAAAACAGGAUAUCAGGCUUUCUUCUGGUCAGUGGAAUCUACGACCUGGAGCCCCUCUUAUCUACCUCCCAGAAUGACCCUCUGCGCAUGACCCUGGAAGAUGCUCAGAGAAACAGUCCACAGCGACACCUGGAGGCGGCGCCAGCACGGCCCGUGGUUCCAGCCUGCCCUGUGCUGGUGCUUGUGGGUCAGCAUGACUCCCCAGAGUUCCACCGGCAGUCCAGGGCGUUCUUCGAGACACUACGCCGUGUGGGAUGGAAGGCCUCUUUCCAGCAGCUGCCUGGUGUGGAUCACUUUGACAUCAUAGAGAAUCUGACCAGGGAAGAUGACGCGCUCACCCAGAUCAUUUUGAAAACAGUCUUCCAGAAGCUGUGAGGACACCCGCUCCCCGGCCUGUAUGCACCUCAGAGAGCCUCCAGAAAAGAGGUUCACCUCACACUGCCUUGCCUCUCUACCUGUACAGUCUCCCUGCUGUGAACACAAUCUCCUCUCCUGCCAUUCCUCUCCCCGCCCAGAUGGAGACCCAGGGAAAGCCUGCAGAUUGUCACUGGGAGAUGCACACAGCCACCACCUGGCCAAGUCUGCUCCCCACCCCCACCUGCUUAGUGGGGGGAGUGGCAAUCAACUUCUGUCUGGCCUUCUGUGCCAGUGAGCAGCAUCAGUGUGGACUGGCUGGAGCUGAGGCUGGAGCUCAGUGCUGGGGUUCUGACCAGCUCCUGCUGCAAGAGGGGCGGGGUGGGGAGAAGGAAUGAAGACAGACACCGGUGUACACCUGAAUCCCAGCACUGAGGCAGGAGGAUUGCUUGUGAGUUCAAGACCAGCCUGGACUACAAGGCAAGACCCUGUCUCAAAAACAAAAAAGGACUGAAGAGAUGGCUCAGCGCGUCAGGGUGCCUGGUGCAGAGCCUGACAACCUGUGUUUGGUCCUGGGGACCCAUAUGGAAGGAAACAAUCAACUCCCCCAAACUGUCCUGUGGCUGCUGUGUACGUGUGUGUACCUUAGCGCGCGCACACACAUACAUAUACAUGAUGUUGGUGAUAAAAAGAGCCCAUGUUUGUGCCUGC